AGCUAGUAACCACAAUAGAAACUAGCUUAGCUAAGCUAGAUCGAUCAUGGCCGAUCUCUUUUUCAUGUGCUCCGCUCUGCUCUGCUCCCUGUUGGCCAUUGCCUUUCUUCAGCUCCUGAAGCCGUCAUCUGCACGGUUGCCGCCAGGGCCACGGAACCUUCCGGUGAUCGGGAGCGCGCACCGUCUGGUGAACACGCUGGCGCACCGCGCGCUGCGCGACAUGGCCAACGUCCACGGCCCGCUGAUGCACCUCCGGGUGGGGCAGGUGCCCGUCGUGGUGGUCACGUCCAAGGAGCUCGCCCGCGACGUGCUCAAGACCCACGACGCCAACUUCGCCACGCGGCCCAAGCUCAUGGCUGGCGGCAUCGUCGCCUACGACUGGACGGACAUCCUCUUCUCCCCCUCCGGCGACUAUUGGCGCAAGCUCCGCAAGCUGUGCAUCCAGGAGAUCCUCAGCACCAAGCGAAUCCUCUCCUUCCAGCACAUCAGGGAGGACGAGGUGCUGAGCCUCGUCGAUGAGAUCCGCGCGGCGGGGCCAUCAACACCGGUGGACCUCAGCUCAAGACUCCACAGGAUAACCAACAGCAUCGUCUCCCGGGCGGCGUUCGGGAGCAAGAGGAGCAACGCCACCGAGUUUCUGGCAGCCAUCAAGCAGAGCGUCGUCAUGUCGUCCGGCUUCCUAAUCCCAGACCUCUUCCCAAGAUUCACUGGCCUCCUCGGCGUGGUCACCGGCAUGAGGAGCAUGCUCCAAGGCAUCCGUGAAACCGUGGAUGGCAUCCUCGAGGAGAUCAUAAGCGAGAGGGAGGCAAUUCUCCAGCAAACCAGGACCGAUGAGGCGGCCGGCAAGGAGGACAAUCUGGUGGAUGUUCUCCUGAGCCUCCAGGAGAAUGGAGGCUUUGGAUUCCCCAUGACCCGCAACACAAUCAAAGCAAUCAUCUUGGAUAUGUUUGCUGGUGGAACUGGAACGUCCGCAUCUGCGAUGGAGUGGGCGAUGUCGGAGCUCAUGACGAAUCCUAAGGUGAUGAGGAAGCUUCAAGCCGAGAUCAGGGCAGCGUUCCACGGGAAGCAAAUCAUCACCGAGACUGAUCUCCGAGCAAGUGACCACCGCCUCAAAUACCUAAACUUUGUGGUGAAGGAGACGCUAAGGCUGCACCCUCCUGCUCCACUGCUAGUCCCCCGGGAAAGCAUCGAAGCUUGCGAGAUCAACGGAUACAUGAUACCAGCAAAGGCGAGAGUCAUUGUAAAUUCUUGGGCCAUCUCGAGGGAUCCAAAGUACUGGGGGGAAUUAGAUGCUGAGGAGUUCAAGCCGGAGAGGUUUGAAGGUGCUCCAAUCGACUUCCUUGGAAGCAACUACGAGUACACGCCGUUUGGGUCAGGAAGAAGGAUGUGCCCUGGGUAUAACUACGGCCUGGCCAGCAUGGAGCUGACAUUGGCGCACCUCUUGCACUCGUUUGACUGGAGCCUUCCUGAUGGAAUCCAUCAAGUGGAUAUGAGUGAGGCCCCGGGACUAGGUGUGCGCAGAAACACACCUCUCUUGCUGUGUGCCACCCCUUAUGUGUUAUAAUUUGCUUCCUAGCUAAUAAGAAUUAGGCUCCAGCUAGUAGUUAGUGCAUAUGCAUACCAUCUAAAUCGAUCUAGCCUACCGUCCGGAGUCCAGGUCCUGGUGUCUGCAGCUAUAUCUAUAUAUAUAUUUGCCUUCAAUAAAGGGUACGUUUUUGCU